AUGGCCUUAAACCCUACAGAACACAGCGUCAUACAGAGCAACCCACUGGCAGGUACCGGGGGACCUGUACUUUGUCCAGACUGGAUCUACUCAACCAUCUCCGACUGUCACGUUGCCAGAGAUCGCGAGUGGUUCAGUGACGACUACACACCGUUCCCAACCGAGUUCAAAUCCGGAUUUGGGGAGAAAGUCCAAGUCCUCGGAAUUGGAACCGUUUUACUCCCCACAUACGCCGUCCCUCCGCUGAUGGGCCCUCCAAGCCUCGGAAUCAUCCGCCUGGAAAACGUCCUCCACGCCCCAACUGUUCGGUGCAACAUCAUCGGGUCCCCUAUCAUAGAACGUUACAACCUGGAAUGUCAUGUGAGCUCCCCAACAGCAUCUGGUAUCAUCAGCGAGCGUCACGGCCAGCUUGUGGCAUACUUCAAGCCUGUAGCUCAUGUAUUCUGCCACUUGGAACUGCAGCUGAGCGACCCGCCCUUUGGGCCGGUUCUUGGGCCGUCGAGUCUCAAUUCCUCGACUGAGUAUUCGAUUCAUGCUUUUUGGUCUAUGUCUGAGCGGCUUCGGUAUGAGAUAUCUUGUUUUCUGACGCCGGACGAGGAAGCAUGGGUGGAGAAAUACUACAAGACUCAGGCUGAUUUCCUUGAAAGUCUCGGAUUGAGUAAUUUGAACCCCGAGGAUCGAACACAAGGUCGACUGAUCCUGAGAGCUUUGAUGAGCCAGGACGAUCAUGAGAUUGGGGAGCUGAAGCCUUGA